AAUCUCUAGCCUUCUAAUCCAUUCACUCAUUCACUUACAAAGCUCAUUAGACUUCUCUGAGUUUGAGCUUUAAGCCCUCAUCUCGAGACCUGUCUUUUAGUAUUGUCUAGCUCUGAAGAGAAAGGGCUAAACAGAUAAUUGAGUAAAAAUGAAUGGGAAGAAGGGCAGUAGUACUAAUAGUGAAAGCUGUGAAAUCAAUAUUCCAAACAUUCAGAAGACUAAGAUACCAGAGACUAUGAAGAAACCUCGAGAUGUUCGAUACUCAUGCAGUUCUUGGAUGUCAGAUGUGUGGGAAUUUUGCAAACAGGACAGGAACAGAGUUAUAUUCUCCUUGAAAGUAGGCCUUGCUGUUCUUCUUGUCUCUUUGCUCAUACUAUUUCAAGCUCCUUAUCAAAUUUUCGGCACCAAUAUCAUCUGGUCUAUCCUCACUGUUGCCAUAAUGUUUGAGUAUACUGUAGGUGCCACAUUCAACAGAGGUUUCAAUCGCGCACUUGGCAGUGUGCUUGCUGGGAUUUUAGCAAUUAUUGUUGCUCAAGUGGCCUUAAGCUCUGGUUUAGUUGCAGAGCCUUAUAUAAUUGGUGUCAGCAUAUUCUUGAUCGGGACUGUUACAUCCUUCAUGAAGUUAUGGCCAUCCCUUGCGCCAUAUGAGUAUGGUUUUCGGGUCAUCCUCUUCACAUACUGCUUGAUAAUAAUUUCUGGAUAUCGUAUGGGGAGUCCGGUAGUCACUGCCAUGGAUCGACUAUACUCAAUUGCCAUAGGGGCUAUUGUAGCAGUUUUAGUAAAUGUUCUAGUUUUCCCCAUAUGGGCUGGUGAGCAGCUUCACAAGGAACUAGUAACAAGUUUUUUUUCAGUGGCUGAUUCACUUGAAGAAUGUGUUGGGAAGUAUAUAGAAGAUGAAGGAAGCGAUGAUCCAGACUUUUUCAAGUCGGUGAUAGAUGAGUUUCCUGAUGAACCAGCAUACAAGAAAUGCAGAUCCACACUGAACUCAUCAGCAAAACUUGAAUCUUUGGCAACAUCAGCUAAAUGGGAGCCUCCGCAUGGUCGUUUCAGACACUUUUUUUAUCCAUGGUCUGAAUAUGUUAAAGUUGGUGCAGUUUUGAGAUAUUGUGCGUACGAGGUUAUGGCACUUCAUGGUGUUCUUCACUCCGAAAUUCAGGCCCCUUACAAUUUGAGAUUGACAUUCCAGAAAGAGAUCCAAGAAGCAACAAGUCAAGCAGCAGAGCUGGUGAGAUGUUUAGGAAACGAUAUACAAGACAUGAAAAAAACUCUCAAGGCUUCUCUGUUGAAUGGUCUUCACUCUUCAACAGAACGUCUCCAACGUGCCAUUGACAUGCACUCGUAUCUUUUAGCAUCCACAUAUGACCCGAUGAAAGAUAGAUCAUGCAGGACAGUUGACAAGCUCUCUCGUGCCUUCACACCUACCCUGUCUGAUCUGAAUGAGCAAUUAGAUAAUCUUGAAUCUGGAGAAGAGCUAUCCACAACUUCAAUAGCUCAAAGCACACCUUCAGAAAGUCUGGCAUCACAGAUAUUGGACUCGUACCAUGACACGAUGAGGAAACAAUGUAAAAGGCUCCAUUCUUGGCCAUCCAGAGAAGUAGAUACUGCCUUUGAUCAUGAGGAGCUGGAGGGAGGAUUCGAAGCAAAUUUUAUUCCUCGGAUGAAGGCAUUGGAGAGUACUGCAGCUCUGUCACUAGCUACUUUUACUUCAUUGAUCAUUGAGUUUGUGGCUAGGCUUGAUCAUUUGGUUGAAGCAGUUGAUGAACUUUCAAAGUUGGCUAAAUUCAAAGAUGAGAUUCUUUGAGAAGAAGAAACUGUGUCCACACACCAAGCAGAAUACUAUUCCUCUUUGCAGUACUAAACUUUUGGAUCUUACCAGUGUAAUAACUUGCUGAUAACUUAAUCAAAGAAUUACCCUACUAAGAGUAAGGGAUACUUUCCAAUUCGCGGAUAUCAUAAUCCACUAUAUAUUCUCCAAACAUGUAUUUCAUCGGCUUGUAAGUAGAAUGUGCUACAUAGUCCAUUUGUGAUCGUGGAAUAUUUUAAUUUGUAAAUUUUGAGCUUCAUAUACUGAUAUGCACAAAGAUUAAUUUAUCA